AUGUCAACUCGACGGUCUGUUGCUAUUGCACCCCCGUCGAUUCGAGACAAUACCGACACCGAGUCGCGCAAGUUUUCGUUGGCGGGUCCAGCGACCAUUGAUACAGUAGCCGCAAACCAGCCAUACGUCGACCCCGGAUAUGCACAACUCAAUCCUGCAUAUGACCAGCCUGUCAAUGUACGACCUGUAUGGGGCCUGGCCAAACCUCUACCACGCGUACUGAGACCUGGAAUGGUCCCAACAAAGGACGAGCUCGAGACCGGAGCGCCCGAGGAAGGCGAAGCACAGCCUCCCUUUGAUAUCGAAGCCGGCAGGAUCGAGCCUUCUCUCCGACCGGAUAGAGUCGCGCCCACGCUCGACACGAUCCGUCGUGAGCGAGAGAUUGCCCUCAUCAGAGCCUAUGAAAACCAACAUAAUGAGUCGCCAGGCUUCUCACCCUUUGGCGGCGCCGCAGCCAGACGGACUUCGGAUGCACCAACUGUGACACCCAGCGCUCGAGUUCGGCUGGAAGAGCCUAUCGAAGAAGAGUCGUCUGAUCGAUCACCGAGUGCGCAGCCACAAGUUGAACCCCCCGAGUUGUCAUUGCCUGAAGCCGUGGCGGGCUUGAAGGCAGCCAAACAGGAGGAUGGGGAGUCCCGAGUACCGUACGAAGAUGCUGUGCCUUUGCCAGCAUACGACGCUGAAGACGACGAAAUUCACAACCUGCACACAUACUGGUCGAUCAUCAGGCUACGGCUGCGCGAGCCACUUGCCGAGCUACUAGGGAUAACAGUUCAAUACACUCUCGGCUUCAGCGCCAACCUCAGUAUGACUGUCUCCCGUGGCACCGCCGGAGCAGGCGACACCGGAAUGUGGGCAUGGGGUCUGGCAACCAUGCUCGCGAUCUACGUCGCUGGCGGCAUAUCCGGGGCUCACUUGAAUCCAGCAAUCUCACUCAUGUUGUAUAUCUACCGCGGCUUUCCCUUGAGCAAAGUACCGAUCUACGUCGCCGCGCAGAUGCUCGGUGCAGUGCUUGCGACUUUGAUCAGUUUUGGAAUCUUUCAGCCCGGGCUGUUUGCGUUGAUGCACGACGGACAGAGCAGUCUCCAACAGCAGUCAGUGCAACCCCUUCACCAGCACACAGGAAUGGCCCACAUUGCAUCAGAUUUGACAUUGCCUCCGUCGUACAUAUUCACCGUCCUGUCGAACUUCCUGACAUUUCCCCGCUCUCCUUGGGUUUCCGUUCCCGUGGCAUUUUUCACCGAAUUUACGGCAACAUGUCUCUUAACAAUCUCAGUCCUCGCCCUGGGCGACGAUACAAACGCCCCUCCUGGCGCUGGGAUGAACGCAUUCAUAGUCGGGCUGCUCAUAACCAUGCUAGGCAUGUCAUUCGGGAGUGUCACAGGCCUGGCCAUGAACCCUGUGCGAGACUUCGGUCCCCGGGUCACCAUGCUCCUUCUCGGUUAUGGCACGCCAAGCACCUUGUUCGGUGAUGGGUACUGGUUCAAAGUCAACUGGUUGGGACCUAUCAUGGGGGCUAUCUUUGGUGGUUUCUUGUAUGACGCAGCCAUAUUUGUCGGUGGCGAGAGUCCUGUCAACUAUCCAAGUAGACGGAUGAGGAGGGCGGCGAGGAAGUGGCGGAAGAGAUGGAAGGUCAGAAUGGGUUGGAACGGGAGGGUGAAGACGGGUAAGGCGCAGAAGUAG